GGCUGGCUCCUCAGCCACGUGACCAGCCAUCAUCCUCCUCAAUGAGAAAGAAACAAAAACAACCGUCACUAACAGUAACUAGCAACACACACGUAACAAUCGUUUCCUAUUUGCGUUCGCGUGACAAUCCUCGUUGCUGAAAAUUUUUCGCGAAUGCACGACGCGUAGUGACACCACCCCCUUGAAACUGAAGACUCGCGAGUGCAACCUUGUCAUCAACAUCUCGUCAAGUGGAGGAUUUUAGUGUAGUUAAAGGAUUAAAGUGAUGGUUGGUGUGUUUAAGUCCGGCGACGGGCGCCUUCAAUGAGAAUCAAGCAUCAGAUCCGGAUGCCUAGUGGACAAUUGGAGGACGAGGACUUUGUGGUGGUUAAAACGCGUUCCAACACGCCAGAAGGGGCGGCAAUCGGCGGCGGCGGCGGCUUCUGGUUGUCAGCCGUGUCGGCCGCGUCGGGUGGGCCCCAGCACCCUGGGUUACCUCUCGAGGGUUGCAAUGAGACAGGUUUCAUCAACAGCCAGCCCUCCAUGGCCGAAUUCAUGACGGCGCUUCCCCAUCUAUCAGGAGAAAUGCCCCACGGACCCCCGAUGAGCCCCCAGCACACUCCACCGGGCGCCGGGUUUCCUAUGGACGUGCCCCACGGCAUGGGAUCUCCCGGCGUUAAUGUGCCUGAAUACCCCUGGAUGAAAGAGAAGAAAACCACACGGAAAAAUAGUCAACAAGAAAAUGGCCUUCCGCGGCGAUUAAGGACAGCUUACACAAACACGCAGCUCCUCGAAUUAGAAAAAGAAUUCCAUUUUAACAAAUAUCUCUGCCGUCCUAGAAGGAUCGAAAUAGCAGCUUCGUUAGAUUUGACUGAAAGACAGGUAAAAGUAUGGUUUCAAAAUCGCCGCAUGAAACACAAACGACAGACGUUAGGCAAAUCUGGAGAAGACGGCGACGACAAAGACUCGGUGACAAGCGAGGGCGGCAAAAGUGCAAAACUUGGCGAUAAAUUCCUGGACGACGAACUAUCCAAAAAAUCCUGUCAAGGCUGUGAACUACCGGCCGGCGGUUUGUGCGGCUCACACGAAGAAAUCCCCGACAUCAGCUCCACUAGAGGUAACAACAACAAUACACCAAGUGCCACCAACAAUAAUACCAACUUUAAUAACAACAGUAAUGGCGCUAGCAGUGUUGGAAGCUCCAGUUCUUUUGAUAAACUGAUCAACGAAGAAGACUCGAGAAGUAAUGAAGACAGUGGAGCUCAUUCGUCUCCAAGAAUAUCAAAAAAACCAGCUUCAUCCACAACAAAUAACCCGGUAUCGGUAAAAGUCGAAGGAAGAAGAAACUCACCGAAUUCAUGUGAUCGUAAAAUCGGUUUAAGUAAAGUAUCGCCUAAUCUGGCGCACAAAGAAAACAGUACAAUGGGACUAAAUCAAGAAAGUAUGCCAGUAAAAAUGUCUCCUAAAAACUCGUCUCUUCCUGGGACUCCCAGCCUACAUCCUAGUCCGUUAGGGAUUAAUUCAAGUAUGAUGUAUCCUCACAUACAGCGUUCCUCACCAACGACUGCAACUGCAAUAGCUUCUGCAACUGUAACAAUUCAAAAUGUUCCAAAUUCCAUACCACCUUUCGCAUCGAGAGGUUCAGGUCAUCAUUUUUCCAAUCAGUAUCACAUGAACAACCAAGGGGACUACCGAGAAAGAACUAAGCAGCAACAUUAUCAAAACAUGAACCAUAUGUAUUCCGGAAACAUUUACAAUCCCGAACAUACUGUGGAAAGCGGUUACAUAAGACAUAACCAGGAGAAUAAUAUACAUGGAUCAAGGUUGUCUGGUAGAGGUAGUAGACAAAAUUAUCACGCUGGUUAUCCAAAUCAGCAGUACCACUACUACAACAAAAACCACGCGGAAAACUAUGCAGGUAACCAAACUACCUAUACACAGAACUACCAUGGAGACCACGCAAACUACAAUAACUAUGGUUACCCUGGAAAUAUGUACCCUAACGAAACUACAGAAACCAUGACAAAUUCCGUACCGCCUGCCCACGAAAAUCAACAUUACAACUACAACUACGAAAACAUGCACAUUUCAAAAGUGCAAAACCAAAACGACUAUCAAACAAAGGUGAAUCACUACCAAAACAACUACAAUAGUACACAAGUACCACCAGUAAACAGCGAUCCUAAUUACAUGGCCCCGGAGAUGUUUCCCAAUGCUGCCAACUCUACGGCCAUCAUGACGCCACCAACGAGCGUCCAAACGGAAAACAGUGAUUCGUACAACAAUUUUCAUCAGUUUUAUGGAGCGGAUUCGGCGCAGACACAAGUACCUGCAGGGGAGAGUAGCAAUAGUUCUUCGGACUUUAAUUUUUUGAGCAACCUGGCCAACGACUAUACGCCGGAGUACUACCAAAUUUGAUUCAGUGCAAUGGACGGUAUUUCCACCGUUGAGGAUAUCUGUUAGGACGUAUUUAUAUCAAUAAAAUAAAGCAUUUGGUUCAUUUAAUUUUGCAUUUUUUAUAAUAAUAAAGCUUACAAUUUACAGUAUUAUUAUAAAGAUUUGUUACAACUGCGAGCUUAAAAGUAGCACAAAGAAGUUGAAACUCAGCACAUAAGGUGUAAAUAAGUAGCUAAUACGUUUUAUAAUUUUAACGGUAAUUAUU